AUGACGUGGCGGCCAUCCAUCCAUCCAUCCACCCCCUGCCCACCAUCUAUCCCCCCUGCCCUCGUCUCCCACCCACCCACCACGAUCCCUUCCCUCCCCUCGCCCUCCCGCAUCGCGCCGCCAUCCACCUCGUCUCCCCGAUCCAGAUGGAGAUCCAAAGCCCUAGCCCACUCUCCCCUGCUCCGCCUCCAUGUCCAUGGCGACGGACGCCUCCCCCCUCCGGCGCGCAAGAGCCCGGGGCCUCAGCCGGCGGCAGAACCCCCUGAAGACAGCGUCCCGCCGCUGCCGGCGGGGUAUAUCUUCAUGUGCAGCGGCGAGACCAAGCCCGAGUGCUUCAGGUACAGGGUGCUGGGUCUGCCGCGGGGGAAGCUGGACGCCGUCUCCCCGAUCAGGCGUGGCGCUGUGCUCUUCCUCUACGACUUCCACGCCAAGUACCUCUACGGGCCCUACCACGCCAAGACGGUGCGCGCGCUGCUGGCGGUGCUCGGCGAGGACGACCGCCGAGAGGGGAUGCGCAGGAUGCCCAAGCGCGUCGCCAAGGCCUUCCGCGACGGCACCCGAGGGAACCAGGCUCUCAAAACCAAGUCAAACUCCGACAGCAAGUCAUUGGUCGAGAUAAGGGGGCGGACGAUGCAAGCGAAGCGGCGAAUCAUCAGAUACCAGGUGAAUAAGAAGCUGCUAGAUUUGAGUGGUAUCGUCACUGUAUUCUUCUGUGGUAUUGUGAUGUCACAUUACACCUGGCAUAACAUGACAGAGAGAGUUACAACAAAAUGCUGGCAUUUGUUCAUGUCGCAAGCUCCAGGAUGAAAAGUGAAGAAGCAUUUAGUUCUAGCUCAUUGGAGCUAGUUAUACUUUUAUAGAUAGUUAUAUUUUGAUAUUUGGCUGUGUUCUUGGUGGUUGUAAACCUGAUGUGAAGUAUGUUCGAUUAUAAACGUGGUGUGAACUAUGUUUGAUUGUAAUGUACCAUAUUUGGUUGUUUGAUC